AUGACGGUCAAACUAGUCAAUCAGCCUCCAUUAUUUUUGCACCUGGCUAAAUGCUUUGUUUUAGAACUGGCACGAGAUGCAGUUGAAAAGACAUGGUUGUUCCACCAAGAAGAACAGGAUGGCUGCCAGUCUUCAAAACUUCGACCCAAACCCAGCCGCCAGGUUGUCGUUGCCGGUCUUUAUUCCCCCGUCUCCGAUGCCUAUUCCAAAGCAGGCCUUGCUUCAGCUGGCUCUCGUUGCCGAUUGGCCCGUCUUGCCUGCUCAACAACUUCUGAUUGGCUUGCUGUUGACUCAUGGGAGGCCUCACGCCCCGAUUGGACGCCCACGCGUAGGGUCCUUGAACGAAUUCAGACACGACUCCAACGUAUAUCCAGGUCUUUGUCAGUUGAUGAGGCAUCAGGAGAAGGCAUUCCGAUCGUUGAACCGGAGGCUUUAGCCGAAAUCGAGGAUCCUCGCUUCGGAGAUGUUUCAGGCUCGCGAGACGAGGAUGCCUGUAGGGGAUCGGCCACAAACGCCUGGCUGGCCUCUCACUUGCAAGCGGCUACCAGAGUUGACUCCAUGAUGACGGCAUUGGUGCGAGAUUUCGGGAUAAUUUGCAUAAGUCGACCAGAAUCAAACUCUUCCCGUCUGCUCUUCGAACUGGAUAUUCUCUCUCGUUAUGAGCAAAACGUCAUUCUUGUGACAGAAUGGUGCCAGAACGGUUUGAGCGCAACUCUGGUCCGUCGGGCGCUGUCUCGCGGGCAGUCCGUCCGCUACCUAGUGCCCGACGCGGUUCUAGAGGAGAUCUACUCCCGUGGGCUCUACGGUGCUGCGCGACCUCCACGUCCGCGUUUUGCGUCUUCUUCUGGGCCUCCCCCCAAGGUGGAAGUACAAAACGCGAAAGAAAAGUCCGACGAGGAGUCGGAAUGCCCCGAAGACCCGUCUAGUUGGUGA